AUGACCUUAGUAACCUUCCUGAAGGUAAAUCCACCUAUCUUUAGAGACACGACGAACCCCACAGAAGCAGAUAACUGGUUUCAGGUGAUGGAACGGGCUUUAAAAGCACAACAAGUCCUUGAAAAUCAACGUGUUGAAUUUGCAACUUAUCAGUUAACGGGUGAAGCCCAGCAUUGGUGGCAGGGUACUCGACGCUUGCUGCAGCAAGAUGACAAUGCAGUACCUUGGAAUGCCUUUCAGUUAGAAUUCUACAAAAAGUACUUCCCCAAUUCGGUCAAGAUAGCAAAAGAGCUUGAAUUGUUGCAAUUGAAGCCGGGUCAAAUAUAUGUAUCCAAAUAUACCAAUAAGUUUGAGGAAUUAUGUCAUUUUUCCAAGAUUUGUCAGCGUGUUCUGGGAGACUUUGAGGAGUGGAAGUGCAUCAAAUAUGAAGGAGGACUCCGGGGUGACAUACUGAGUUCAGUAGGCCCGAUGGAGGUCAGAGUUUUCUCAGACCUGGUAAACAAGAGUAGGGUUGCGGAAGAAUGUCUAAAGAAGGCUGCUAUAGAAAGAAAUGAUAGCCGGGAAUUUCACCAAAAGGAACGUAAUUAG